ACAAACAUGGGAUUGCUGAUGAUGUUUGUUCUUGCAUGGGUACAUUAUCACUAUCUUGACUGCAGGGAAACUCAGGACUUUCACCGCUCAAGAAAUUAUCCAGUAGAGAGGACACAAAAGCAGACCGGGACUUACAUCCCGAUUUUUUUAGCCCAAGUUCAAACUUAUCAUUAAAUAUUUUUCUUGCUUCUUCAUUAUCAAAAAACAAGCGUAUAUCUUUUGUUACAGCAUUAUACUCGUAGGUUUUAACAGUGCCGUCCGCCAAAGUUUUCUUACUGCGUUUCUUCAGUGGCGUUGGGUUUUUCUCCAUUGUAGACCGGUCACACUGUUUGGUAAAUCCAGGUAGCGAAGUUUUGAGCUGAGAAAUCACUUCGAUGUUCCUCCCCAAGAGUUGAUCGCAAAAAGCCUCGAGUUUGCCUUCAAACUCAAAAUCGAAACAUCUGGCACGUGGCAUUCAUGCAUUCGAUUGGUCAGACAUACCACGUGUCCUACCAUUACAACCAAUCACACACUACAGUUAGUGUAUGACGUAGGUCCCAUCAGCCUCUGUGUGUUACGUAAUUCAAUUGCCUAAUAACCUGAGUCACUCAUUUCUAGUUCACGUUGCGUAACAUUGUCCUUUCUCUUACGUAAUCAAAGUACGUAAGUUUCGCUCUAAGGCUUGUCUGUUACGACGAUAACACCUCGUGGCUACACCUCACCCCCGCCUUACGUCACCGUCAUGACGUGAACGGCCACGUGACUAUCUGACUCUUCCAGGCUCGCAUUCUGUCUGCGUCGUGCUAGUUUGAGUACAAUCUUUUUUAUAUUUCAUUCACAAUGAGUUUCUCUGUGAUACUGCGGGAUUUAGAUGAAGAAAAGGAGAGGGCAAUUCGUCAGCUGUUUGAAAGAAAUGGCUGGUCCUAUAAUGCUGAACGACUCCCACACCAAACUUCGAGAAAACGAGGAAGAUACCCAGUGAAUAAGGAUACGCGGGAUGGCGAUGUACUGGCCAUUGAGGGUGGAGAAACUUUGCCCCCCGGACCAGGUGCGGCACCUGAAUGUCCACACUGCUUCCAAGCACCUUGUAUAACAUCAGGAGCUCGCGACGUAAAGUUCAUCGGGAAGGGACAGGCGGCUUGUCCUCAAAAUCGAGGUAUUCGGAAUAGGAUCUACACAAGGUAUUGGAAAAUGCUAGACUUUGUUGGACUCUGGAAGGACAAGAGAUACCUAGUUAGAAAAACCGCUUUGGCAGAAGGUGAAUGGGUGCUGUGCCACAGGCGUGAAGUGAUGCCCACUUGCGUCGUUCAAAAAGUACGGACACUGUACCCAAACCCAGAUGGAGUGCCGUAUGUCGGUCACCAAUGGGAAUAAAAAAAAAACUAAACGAGAGGAAUAAAAACUAAGUUUAAAAAUUCCA